CUUUUCCAAAGAAUAUAAUAUCAGUCGUAAGGGAUGGCAGUAUCACACAAAGGGGGAGCGAGGGAGGGUCUGCUGCUGGAGAAGUGCCUAGUGACUGGCACUCUACCCUGAACUACGAGCAGACACGGCUUCUUCAGAACAACAGCCCGGUUUCCACGAUGCGCGAGCCGAUGGAGGCACUCGCUUGGGUUUGGGCCAACCUAUCAACUUGUACAUGGACGCUCUUGCUGUCAAGUGUGGUCCUGUACUUUUAUCGCUGGGUGAGAGAACGUCGUCAGUAUCACUCCAUAUUUUCGAAGAUGGGCGUUCCAUACGUAAAGCCUCACAUUUUAUAUGGCAGUAACCACCAGCUCCGCGGUAAAGGCAUCCUAUCCAGUGAGGUUAUUGGUAAAUGGGUAAAAAAAUAUGGCAAAGUCUUUGGUUACUACAUCGGCUGGAAACCGACGCUUGUAGUAAGCGAUCUGGACAUGAUCAAAGACAUACUCAUUAAGGAAUUUCACAACUUUGCCAACCGCCCCAAACUCGUGAUCGAGGCCCAGCCCGUCGUGCACACUGUCGUAGGCCUACGUGACCAGCGCUGGAAGGACGUGCGCUCCAUCCUGGCCCCGACCUUCUCCAUGGUCAAGAUGAAGCACAUGGCAGGGAUAAUGAACGAAAAGGUAGACGAACUGCUCAGCAUCAUAGGCAAGAAAAGUAAUGCCGACGAGCCAAUAGAGUGGUACUCAACUUACCAGGGUCUCACGCUGGAUGUGAUCAGCGAGUGCGCCCUUGCCAUGAAAACAACCUGCCAAAGAGACCAAGAAAAGAGCGAAUUUUUCAUGGCAGUCCGCUCCUUCCUCAAGAACGCGGUAAACCCGGCAAUUCUUGUGGCACUGUACUUCCGGGGCUUCGGCAAAAUCCUGAGCUACAUCAGCAAUAGAUUUGCGCUGUCGGGCCGCAUGACGCAAAUGAUCGUCAACCACCUGGAGACCGUCAUCAGCAUGCGACGAAACGACUUGCACACCAAGAACGUUGACGUGUUGCAGCUAAUGUUGGAGGCAGCGGAGUCCCGUGUCGAUGCUGAUGGCGCCGCCUUGAACGGGGUGUCCAAAGAAAAACCAAAACGCAAGCUUCUCUCUGACGAAGAAAUUAUCGCCAACGCCUGGGUGUUCCUGCUGGGGGGCUUUGAAACCACUGCCAACUCCCUCACGUAUACCACGUACUUGCUGGCCAAGCACCCAGAAAUACAGGACAAGGUCUACCAAGAGCUCCAGGGAUGCAAACACCAAUUUAACGUACGAGCAGGUGCACAAACUCACUUAUCUGGAUCAGGUAUUUUCUGAGGCGCUGAGACUACACCCGCCUGUUGUGACCUUCCUGACGAGGGAGGCAGCGGAAGAUAUGCAGAUUGGCAACGUACUCAUCCCGAAAGACAUGACUGUGCUCGUUCCCAUUUGGCUUCUCCAGCGAGACCCAGAGCAGUGGACUGACCCAGAGAAAUUCGACCCAGACAGAUUUUCUCCGGAAGCCAAGGCAAACAGCACCAGACAUCCUAUGUCUUAUAUACCCUUCGGAGCUGGUCCAAGAAAUUGUGUUGGUCUGAGGUUUGCCCAGCUUGAGGCGAAAUUAACACUAGCAAGAGUAUUGUUGAAUUACAGACUGGACACUUGCCAGGAGACUCCAAACCCUCUCAAAUUUGAAAUUCCUACCGUGGCCAUCAACCCAGCCGAACCAGUGUUAAUCAAAGCAAAUCCGAGGAGUUAAAUCAGUUGUUCUCAAAUUAUUGUUAUUAUUUUUUUUUUAUCCCAUUGUAAAGUAUGACAGGCUAGCUUUUUUCAGAUUCCCCCCCCCCCCCCCCAAUUUAACAUCUGACUGAUUUGGAUUAACCCAGCGUUAGGUUUUACUCGUUAUUAUGCAGUAAAGUUUAUUAUGCAAAAGUGCAAGUUAAUUUACGAACCCCAGCAUAAAAUUUUAUUCCUUGUUAUUCCAAUACCUUAUAAUGCACAGCACAAGUCUGCAAUAUUAAAUUAUGAACAAAGAUUACUCCUUAAUUUUAUUUAACUGUUUUGAUAUAGAAAAAAAAACACCAAUUUACAAAUGUACUUGUAGUUUCAUUCUUUCUGAUAUGGCAAGCAGAUUAUCAUAGUUUUUAAAUUAGCUUGAGAACCACCAGAUUUAGCCUUUAAUGCUGAAGAAAGAUUAAACUAUUCGUGUUUUUA